CCUCAAUACGAGCUCAGCAUACCAGGGCUGUUUUAUGCUAUUCCUGACCUCGAAUUCUCUCCCUCCUUGUCGCUCGCAUGAGCUACAGAGAGUGUUAGAGAAAGCAACAUUGAGUGUGGUGGAGGAGGUGGUGGUGUGGAAAAUAAAUAGCACUGGAAAAUCAGAGAGAGAGUCCAGAGGUUUCUUUCCCCAUCAGCAGUGAAGGCUGAACAUUGUUUUUUGCAAUUAAAUCCAAUGAAUUUGUGUGUGACAGAGAAUCACGAUGAGAAUCUAAAAUUCAUGUGAUAAGAUUAAUUUAUUGUUGCGUCAAGAAAUUGUGAGAGAACGUGAUUGUGAAAUUUUUGUGUGGUGAGCACGUGAAGAUGCUGGUCAAAGAAAUUCUACCACUUUUUGUAUCCGGAAAGGUCAUUCGGGGCUUUCGUCGUGGCACUGAAAUGGGCUUCCCCACAGCAAAUUACCCUGUUGAAGUUGUGAGAUCACUCCCGGUGGACUUUGAGACGGGAAUCUACUGUGGAUGGGCACAAGUUUCCGGUGGUGAUGUUCACAAGAUGGUCAUGAGUGUUGGAUGGAAUCCCUUCUUUGACAAUAAAGAGAAAUCAAUGGAAACGCACAUCCUUCACAACUUCCAGGAGGAUUUCUACGAUGAGACAUUAAAGGUUUGCGUGGCACAUUACUUAAGGCCCGAAGCGAAUUUUACAACGCUGGAAAACCUCAAAAAGGCAAUUAAUCGUGAUUGUGAGGAUUCCGAGAGAAUACUGGACAUGCCAGAAUUUCUACGGUACAAAAGUGAUCCUUUCUUCAUCACCACAACCACCACAAAUGGACAUUUAGGGCAUCUAUAGGAGACUUAGAUCCAACACCACACUGACCUCUCUCAUUCAGCUAAUAGUCCGAAAAUUCCCCAGGAGAACACAAAUCUCUGUCUCUCUCUAAAAAAUGAAAUUGUAGGUUUUAGCCAAAUUAUUGCGUGAAUGUCGCUGAAUUUUCUGUGAAAUUUGCAAGUUACUUAGAUAUUUAUAAAAUAUACAAGGUUUGCAAGAAAAAAAC